AGACUUUCAUUCACUCGACGAUCGUUGCACCUGCAGUUGUUUUUCGAGCGGUAAUACAAGUCGGUCGCGGUUGGCCGUGGUGGAUUUUGUAUUUUCCCGAACACUGAUCAUGUAGUAUUUUUUUUUGUUCUUCGAGAAUAUCCUGUAUUUUAAAGACUCACCCUAGCUGGGUACUGUGACUCUAUGGAUUCCAGCAAAAAAUACGACAAUCCUUCCCCAGAAGACUCCGCAAAUAUACUGUCAAAGAUAUUUUUCUGCUGGAUACUUCCAUUUUUCAAAAAUGGCUACAAAAACGACCUCCAGUUGAAAGAUAUAUACAAAGCAACAUCCAGGGACCAAUGUGGUAAACUAGCAGACGAACUGGAAAAAAAUUGGGAAGCAGAAUUAAAGAGAGCAUCCGUUUCAAAGAAAAAUAAAAAACCCAGCCUCAAAAAGGCCAUAUUCAAGACAUUCGUGAAGCCUUUUUCUUUAUACGGAAUAUAUUUCUUCAUACAGGUCAUCUACAAACCUCUUUUUCAAAAUACCACUUCCUUUUCCAACAGAGAAGAAAUAAAAGAAGUCUCUAAGACCUCGUACGUGAAAGCCCUCUCCCUCUCCAUGAUGGUUUUCACCGAGAGACUGUCUCUCUACCUAACCAUCGUGACGUUCGUUCUGCUGGGCAACAGACUAACGAGCGACAUCGUCUUCUCCAUGGCGCAGCUCUUCAACACUGCGCAGCUCUACAUCUGCAUAGCGUAUCCGAAUGGUCUGGCCACUUACGCAGAAGCCAAGGUGUCGAUCGGCAGGUUGGAGGAGUUCCUCGGCUUGGAGGAACAAAGCACCACAGCAGUGCUCAACGGCACGGUAUCUGCUGACAAACCUGGAAGGGUAAAGAUGGAGAAAGCGACUGCCAGCUGGAGCCUGGCAGCAGAUACUUUGAUAGAUAUCAAUUUAGACAUACCCCCUGGAACGCUCUGUUGCGUGGUUGGUAGCGUUGGUAGCGGAAAAUCUUCUCUACUUCAUGUGUUGCUCAAAGAGUUACCGCUAAAUUGCGGAAAAGUCGAUGUCUCUGGAGAAAUCUCGUACGCGUCCCAGGAACCUUGGUUGUUUGUUUCCAGCGUGAGGGAUAAUAUUCUUUUCGGAAAGCCCUAUAUUAAGCAAAGAUACGAAGAAGUCGUAAGAGUCUGUGCCUUGGAAACCGACAUCUCGCAGUUUCCCCACGGAGACAAAACCCUCGUCGAAGAGAAGGGAGUAUCCCUAAGUGGGGGACAAAGAGCUAGAAUAAACUUGGCUAGAGCUGUAUAUGCCACCGCUGACGUUUACUUGUUCGACGAUCCUUUGUCCGCAGUAGACACCCACGUGGGGAAACACUUGUUCGAAGAGUGCAUCAAAGGCUAUCUGAAGAACAAGACGAGAAUUUUGGUGACGCAUCAGUUGCAGGUUCUUAAACAGGCAGAUUUAAUUGUGAUCAUUGACAAGGGGAAGAUUCAGAGAAUCGGCACCUACAAAGAUAUAUCAGAAACUGAUCUGUCUACUCUUUAUGCUGAACCAGCUUCAGAGGAAAGCAAUGAUGCUGAUAGUAGAAAAAAAUCUGGAAUCGAAAAUAUUCAGGAACACCUGACCGAAAACGAAGAACCUGAAGAGAGUGUAGAAGCCAUGGGUAGCGGAUCCAUUCCUGUUUCCAGCUACUGGGAAUACUACCGUAAUGGAGCUGGUCUUUUCAUUCUGCUGUCGCUGUUAUUCCUACUGAUCGCCGCACAGAUCGCUUCUAACGGUUGUGAUUUGUGGGUGACAUAUUGGACCAACAUGGAAUCAGUCACCCAAAAUACUGCUGAAAGCCUGUCCUCCAACAUCACUGACCCUUCCGGUAAUAUAUCAAAAGUUGAACUGAGCUCAAAACAAAUCUACAAGUUGGAAGAUCAAGAAGAUACUACAACUGAAAUACUUUUGGGUUACCAAAACGUUACAGCACCUCCUCUGACACCGUUCGAGCGUCAGGAAUACUACAUUAUCGUCUACUCAGGUUUUAUGUUGGCCUCUAUUCUGUUGACGCCUGCCAGGUCGGUCCUUUUCUACAAGAUUUUCAUGAGAGCUUCCAAGAAUUUACACAACAGGAUGUUUACAAAUGUUUUGGCAGCGCCUAUGAGAUUCUUCGACACAAAUCCCUCUGGGCGGAUCCUCAGCAGGUUCUCCAACGACAUGGGAAUAAUUGACGAACUGCUUCCUAGAGCCUCUUUAGAAGCCAUCCAAGUACUCCUUGUGAUGGCAGGUAUUCUCAUGUGCGUCUUUAUAGUAACGCCUUGGAUGGUAGUACCAGCUGCCCUUAUGGGCUUCCUAUUCUAUUUCGUGAGGGUGGUUUACAUCAAAACAGCUCAGGACGUUAAAAGAUUGGAAGGAGUCAACCGAGCUCCCGUUUUUUCGCACAUCUUGGCAUCUCUGUAUGGCAUGCCAACCAUAAGAGCUUCCAAGGCUCAGAAGAUGGUCAUCUUAGAGUUUGAUUCACUACAAGAUCAGCACACUGGAACUUGGUUUAUGUAUAUAGCCACCAGUGAAAUUUUCGGAUACUACCUUGAUAUCAUCAGCACUCUUUUCAUAGCCCUUGUGACCUUUCAGUUUCUUCUCUUCAAAACAGAAGCCGACACCAGUGGCGACGUAGGUCUGGUUAUCUCACAGAGCCUCAUCCUCAGCGGCAUGCUGCAGAUCGGCGUGAGACAGACGGCCGAAGUGGCCAGCAACAUGAUCAGCGUCGAGAGGGUUCUGCAGUACACCAAGGUGGAGCCGGAGGUCAACGCAGAGCAGCCUCAACCGAAGAAGAUCAUGAGCGAGGAUUGGGCUCACUACGCGAAGCUCACCUACAAGAAUCCCGACAAAAACUGGCCGCAGUCAGGGAAAAUAUGCUUCAAGAAGGUGUUCCUGAGGUACGGCGCUGAUGCCCAGCCUGUGUUGAAGGAUCUGAAUGUGGUGAUCGGAGCUGGGGAGAAGGUAGGCAUAGUUGGUAGAACAGGAGCAGGAAAGUCAUCCCUAAUCUCGGCCUUGUUUCGAUUAACCCCUAUCGAAGGCACCAUAUCAAUUGAUGGUGUGGACACUGCCAAAGUAAGACUGAGUGAUCUGAGAUCCAAAAUAUCCAUAAUCCCACAAGAACCGGUGCUUUUUUCGGCAACCGUAAGGUACAACUUGGACCCUUUCGGCAACGUUAGUGACGAACAACUUUGGCAGGCCUUGGAAAAUGUAGAACUGAAGAGUUCCAUAGAGAGCCUCGAUCAGAAUGUCAAUGAAGGAGGCUCUAACUUUAGCGUAGGACAAAGACAACUGAUAUGCUUAGCCAGAGCUAUAGUGAGAAACAACAAAGUUUUGGUCCUGGAUGAAGCCACAGCCAAUGUGGAUCCUCAUACCGAUUCUCUGAUCCAAAAAACCAUCCGAGAAAACUUCAAGCGAUGUACAGUGCUGACCAUCGCCCAUCGACUGAACACCAUCAUGGAUUCCAACAAGGUUCUGGUGAUGAGCUCCGGCGAGAUCGUUGAAUUCGCCCAUCCGCACAAACUCCUUCAGAAGCCUGACGGGUAUUUCGCCAAGAUGGUGAGGCAGACCGGCACCUCGAUGGAUGAGAGUUUGAGGAGAAUCGCCAAGGAACAUUACAAACAGACUGCGCGAGUGCGUGACUUUCAGUGAUUUUGUGAAUCCCUGGUGGGGUACAUCCAAAACGUUGGAAUAUGUUCCGAAAGUAGGGAACUCAUGUGAAUGCAGUCUGUGCAGAAGGGCUACUUAUUUUUAUUAUUCGUUUCUUGGAAAUUUCGGCUUUAAAAUUCGAAAUUUCGAUCUUAGUCUUGUAAUUAUGAUUCCAAUCUUGAAAUUCGACUAUAUUUCAACGAAAUUUCAACUUAAAUCGAAAUUCGAAAUCGUGAUUUUCAAGAAACAAAUGAUAAAAAUAUCUGGCCUCAGAUAUUGCCAGUUUGACAAACUGGCGAUUUAUUUUUUGUUUCCAUAAAAUAACACUAUUUAUGGUUUCGGAGGUUCUGUAUCAUGAAACAACAAAAGGUACCAUUUCCUGAUAAAAAUUUGUGUGAUUUUCCGUAUGAUAGUGUGUAUGGUAGACAUUACUGAUGAGAACUUUGUUAUUGAUUUUUAUAUUGAAUAAUGUAUCUCCAAUAUAAAUUAUUACUUAAA